CCCUCUUCCUCCUCGGUCGUCUUGCUCACUUCCGUGCACACGAAUCCCGACCGCAGAGAUGAUGGAUCGAUUGAGUUUCAGCAUUUUCGCCAUUGCCCAGCUCGUCACACAUGCUUUUGUCCCCGCUACAUUCCCGCAUUUGGGUGUUCGUCGUGCAACUGGACUGCGCAUGUGUUCCUCUCCUGCUGACGAGGGAAUGUCGCGAGGAGAAGUAUUACGCAGCGUCGCUGCAGCCUGUGUGACCGGCAGUACGGCUUGGAGUACUACGGCUGUCGGGGUAUCAGCCAAGGCGCCUGCACCUGUCAUGAAGCUUCCGGACGAUGACAGUGCGAAGCCGGCACUGCGUAGCGGAGGCGAAGGAAGCAUCCCACCCUUCACGGUCCUUCCAUCCGGGGUCCAGAUUACCGACAUUGUUGCCGGUGAUGGACCUGUUGCCGACACCGGCAAGGGUGUCACCCUGAAGUGGGUUAUGCGCCGCUCGAACGGUUACUACGUCAGUUCUUCCGAGGAGGGAGGAGGCGAGCCUUUCAUCUACAGGGUGGGUGACGCGAAGCGAGCCAUCAAGGGUUUGGACGAUGGGAUACGAGGAAUGAAAAGCGGUGGCACUCGACGUAUCGUGGUACCACCUGAGCUGGGCUAUGUUGAAGGAUGCAAGGACGGAAAUCCAGGGCCGAUCCCGAUGGGCCUGGGACCGAAGCAGCAGAUCAACACCCGCAACAAGGAGCCCCUGACCUUCGAGGUGAAAUUGACCAAGGUUCGAUAACGCGUGGAACGAAGGAGAAAGAGAAAAUCUGCUGCGGCGCCAACAACCAUCAGAUUACUGUGCCUUUGACUGCGAACAGGGUACGCUCGUUGGCAUCGAAUAUAAGCGUACAAGAAACUUGACUAGACAUUAGGGGCUGUAAGAUUCAUCUUUAUUGUAGGUUGUGGGCAAAACAAGGAAGAAACCGGCCUUCGUUCAGAGGCAUGAGGUUAUAAUUUGACGGGAUGUAGAGUAGAGUCGGCAGGACCGCCAAAAACGACAAUCUCACGAGUGAAUGCAAAAUUGACAACUCGUCGGAUGAAAGCAGGGGUAAGUUAAAAGUUGCGCAACCUUCAUCAAAACUACCGUACGGAAGAAUAACAGAAACUUUUGACGCUUUGGGGGUUCCGCCGCCGAAUUGCAGCCGGUU